GGCAAACUGAGGUGCAGUUGUUGAACGAUGAGAAGAGGCGGAAGGAAUUACCAAAAGAAUGUUGAUGAAAACUGGAGUUUUAGACCCCUUCAUUAUCGCGACCUCCAUCAACAGACUCGAUCGAAUCCAAAAUCAUCAUCAUCGGAACCUUCCACUUCUUCCACAUCAACACCCAUCUCGGACUAUAUUCCUAAAACCCCAAAACCACCUCGAAAUCGAAGAAACUCCAGCUGGGUUUCAAGGAAUCGAGGUUCUGGAGCUCAAUUUGUGAAGAAAUCUGAACUGGGUUCGUCGGAUUUUCACCCAAAACAGGGAGAAAAGGAAGAGCAGGAGGAUUUGAUUGAGGGAUUUGAUGCAAAGAAGGAUGAUGUUGAUGAAGAUGAUGUGGUGAGAAGGUUAGAAAGGUUGAAAUUAUGUGGUGAAGAACCCAAUUUAUCAGAGGAAUUACAGAGAACUAAUGAUCAACUUCAGCUGGAUGAGGUAUUGGCUAUGGAAUGUAUAUAUGGAGAGAACAUGUUUAUCCUCGAUAAGCAGAGUGGAUUGCAAAUUUUGCAGUUUCAUGUCCACAUUCACACUUCUGAAGAACUUACCAUCUCAACGAAACUAAAUUCUUCUCAAGAUUUGAACACCAAUCCUGAUAAUUUACAAGAUUUUUCUUACUCUUUUGAAGUUCGGUAUCUUCCACCGAUAGUUUUGACAUGUUUAUUACCCAGAUCAUACCCUACACAUCACCCUCCUUAUUUUACGAUAUCCGUACAGUGGUUGGAUUGUUCGAAAAUUUCUAGUCUGUGUUCAAUGUUGGAUUCAAUAUCGAAGGAGCAAUCUGGGCAGGAAGUUAUUUUCUCAUGGGUUGAAUGGUUACGUACUUCUGCUCUUUCUUAUCUUGGUUUCGAUAAAGAAAUUUUUCUUGGCCCUUAUGGAGUGAAACACCAUAGUGAUCCACGUGCGAUAUCAGGAUGUAUCUCCCCAGAUGUCGAUAUUCCUUCAUUGAAGAGUUACAACGAAGAGCAGCGGCUUGAACAUUUUCGUAAAAGCUUUCAUGAAUGUUGCAUCUGCUUUGACGAGUUUGCUGGUACCGAAUUUAUCAGAUUGCCAUGCCAACAUUUCUUUUGUGAAAAAUGCAUGAAAAGUUACUCGGAUGUGCAUAUAGAAGAUGGUACUGUGAACAGGCUUUGUUGCCCCAGUACAAAAUGUGGGGGCAUGAUCCCCCCGGGUCUUUUGAAGCGAUUGCUUGGUGACGAGGAAUUUGAAAAAUGGGAGUCACUGACGUUACAAAAAACGCUUGAAUCAAUGUCUGAUGUGGUCUACUGCCCUAGAUGUGAAACAGCCUGCAUAGAAGAUGAAGACCAACAUGCUCAAUGCUCCAAAUGCUUCUUUAGCUUUUGCACACUUUGCAGGGAGCGACGCCAUGUCGGAAUCACAUGUCUCACACCGGAAAUGAAGAUCCGUAUCUUGCAGGAGAGACAGAGCUCAGGUCAAAUGAAAGAUGAACAACGGAGGCGAGAGCAAGAAAUGAUCCAGGAGCUUCUUAGCGUGAAAGAGAUACUUCGUGAUGCAAAGCAAUGCCCGUCUUGUAAGAUGGCGAUUUCAAAAACAGAAGGUUGCAACAAAAUGGUGUGCCAAAACUGUGGCAAGUAUUUCUGUUAUCGUUGUAAUAAGGCCAUCGAUGGAUAUGAUCACUUCAGGGAUGGAGCUUGUGAACUUUUCCCCCAACAAGAAGUUAGAAACUGGGAGGAACAGAUGAAUCCACGACAAGUAAUGGGUCAGAUUCAAGCCGAACUGUUUGCUGAUCGUGGUCAUUCGUGCCCUCAAUGUGGUCAAAUCAACGUCAAGGUUGGCAAUAACAAUCACAUAUUUUGCUGGGCAUGCCAAAGCCAUUACUGUUAUUUGUGUAGAAAGAUGGUGAGACGCAGCUCUGAGCAUUACGGCCCAAAGGCCUGCAAGCAACAUACACUCGGAUAGUUAUUAAUUCAGUCAACAAACUUUCUUAUCAAUUUUGUUCUUUCCUUUGUUACUUAUUGUUUCUCUCCAUAUUGUGUUGAGUGAAUCUAUCAUUUACUGGAUAUAUUUGUAUUAUCAUCUUUUUUUCUGAUUGAUAAGAG